AUGACCAGCCACGUUAACAUCAGACCCACCAAGGUCCGCCUUCUGGGCAAAGACUCGAUAGUCGUCGCGCACGGCAUCUGGGGCGACUACGUUGCUAGCGAUCUGCUUUCGAACUUGAAGGCGUCUACCUACGCUGUCAUCACCGACACGAACAUUGCUUCUCUUGAUUACAUGACCACUUUCCAAACGAUUUUCAAGAGACAUGGUGCGGAGGACGCUCGCCUGCUUCAGUAUGCCAUUCCUCCCGGGGAGCAAUCCAAGACGCGGGCAACGAAAGAAGCAAUCGAAGACUGGCUGCUGUCCCACCGCUGCACGCGAGAUACUUUGAUCAUCGCCCUAGGCGGCGGCGUGGUCGGCGACCUGGCCGGAUUCGUUGCGGCCACGUACAUGCGCGGCGUUCGGUUCGUCCAGGUGCCCACGACGCUGCUGGCAAUGGUAGACUCGUCCAUCGGCGGCAAGACGGCGGUCGAUAUGCCAGCGGGGAAGAACCUGGUUGGCGCGUUUUGGCAGCCAGACCGCGUUUACGUCGACCCGCAGUUCCUCCAAACGCUGCCAAAGAGGGAACUAGCGAACGGCAUGGCAGAGGUCAUCAAGACGGCGGCCAUCUGGGACGAGCAGCUUUUUGCAUUUCUCGAAGACAACGCUGCUGCUGUCAUGGCAGGCUCCUGCAUACCUCCUGGCAUCACCCCAAUCAUCCAGCGGAUCAUCUUGAGGUCCAUUAGCGUCAAGAGCGACGUUGUCUCGGCGGACGAGCGGGAAGAUGGAUUGCGCGGUCUCCUCAAUUUCGGCCACUCGAUCGGGCAUGCAAUCGAGGCUAUUCUUGCUCCAGACGUACUCCAUGGAGAAUGCGUGGCCAUCGGCAUGGUUAAAGAAGCCGAGCUAGCGCGCCGUCUCGGCAUACUUUCGCCGGGUGCCUUCGCUCGGUUGGUCCGGUGCAUUGCCCGCUGGAGUCUGCCCACGUCUCUGGACAGCAACAUGGUCACAAAGCAGACAAAGCGGUCAUGCGACAUAGAAGAACUACUGUCCAUCAUGGCAGUGGACAAGAAGAACGACCACCGAAAGAAAAUUGUUCUUCUCUCGGGGAUUGGCAAGACAUAUGAAAGGCAGGCAACGCCAGUAUCGGAUUCAGACGUGCGGCUUGUUCUCUCUCCCAGCAUCCAUGUCUCGCCAGGAAUCGGCUCCGCCGCCGUCGCCUGCAUCCCGCCUGGCUCCAAGAGCAUUUCCAACAGGGUCCUCGUCCUUGCAGCUCUCGGCUCAGGCACGUGUCGAAUUACCAAUCUUUUGCACUCGGACGAUACACACUUCAUGCUCGAAGCCGUCGGCAAGCUGAGCGGAGCUUCGUUCGGCUGGGAAGACGACAGCGAGACGCUUGUGGUUCACGGAUGCGGAGGCAAGCUGCGCGCCAGUCCCGACGGUCUGUAUGUCGGCAACGCCGGGACUGCCUCGCGCUUCUUGGCGACCUUGUUGGCCUUGGCGACGCCAUCCUCGUCGGCUACAGCGACCGUCCUGACGGGCAACACUCGUAUGAAAGAGAGGCCGAUUGGGCAUCUGGUCGACUCCCUUCGCAGCAAUGGCGUUGAGAUUGACUACCUGGAGAAGCAGGGAAGCCUUCCACUGCGAGUCAGCGCGUCGGGCGGGCUGGUUGGCGGCGAAAUCAGCCUUACGGCGAGCAUAUCUUCCCAGUACGUCUCUUCGAUCCUGAUGUGUGCCCCCUACGCGAAGGAGCCGGUGACGCUUCGGCUCGUGGGCGGCAAGGUCAUCUCACAGCCGUACAUCGACAUAACCAUCGCAAUGAUGGAGUCAUUCGGGGUCAAGGUGGAGAGGCCGGCGGCCGACACGUACUACAUUCCGCAGCAGAGGUACGCCAAUCCGGCCGAGUACACGGUGGAAAGCGAUUCCAGCUCCGCCACCUACCCCUUGGCCAUCGCCGCCAUCACCGGCACCACGUGCACGAUUCCGACCAUCGGCUCCGCCUCUCUCCAAGGCGACGCUCGGUUCGCCGUCGAUGUGCUCCGGCCCAUGGGCUGCACCGUGUCUCAGACGGCGACGUCGACGACCGUCACCGGCCCGACAGACCAGCUCAGGGCGCUCCCCGAGGUGGACAUGGAGCGCAUGACCGACGCCUUCCUUACGGCAGCCGUGUUGGCAGCCGUCGCCGGGCCCAGCAGCGACGGCUGCACGGCGACGACGCGCAUCACUGGCAUCGCGAACCAGCGCGUCAAGGAGUGCAAUCGUAUCGCCGCCAUGGCGCAGCAGCUGGCCAAGUUCGGCGUCACUUGCCGCGAGACAGACGACGGGCUCGAGAUCGAUGGCGUGGGCGGCGCUGCGAACCUCAGAGCACCCGCCGACGCCAUCCACUGCUACGACGACCAUCGUGUCGCCAUGAGCUUUGGCGUGCUGGCGCUCGUGGCGCCUGCCGCCGUCACCAUUGGCGAGAAGGAGUGCACGGCCAAGACCUGGCCCGCGUUUUGGGACAUGCUCUCCGCCGUAUUCGGCGCGGAGCUCCACGGCGCCACGCCAACGCCUUCACUGAUGCCGACACCGUCCAACCGCUCCGUCUUUAUCAUCGGCAUGCGCGGUGCCGGCAAGACAACCAUGGGCGGCUGGGCGGCCAAGAGCCUCGGCUGGCCGCUGCUGGAUCUUGACAAGGCGCUCGAGGAGGAGCUCGGCCUCUCCGUGGCCGACGUCGUUCGCCAGCACGGCUGGGAGCAUUUCCGCGCCGAGGAGCUGAAGAUGCUCCGGCGCACCAUGACCGGCGAGCGCGCCGCUGGACACGUCGUGGCCUGUGGCGGCGGCGUCGUCGAGAUGGCCGAGGCUCGCGAUUUGCUCUGUCGCUGGAAGAUGGACGGAGGCGUCGUGUUGCUCGUCACGCGCAGCAUCCAGGACGUCAUGGACUACCUUGGCUUGGAUAAGACCAGGCCGGCGUACGUCGAUCCCAUGAUGAGCGUGUGGGAACGGCGCAGGGGCUGGUACCACGAGUGCAGCAACUUUCACUUUCACAGCGCCGAGACGAUGGGCAUGAAAAGCACUGUGGAUGCUCUCAGCCGGUUUACGCGCGUCAUCACGGGGCACGAGGACUUCUUCAAAAAGCUUGAACGCAAGCAGCGGUCCUAUUGCGUGUGCCUUGCUGUCCGUGAUGUAAACGAGGUGCUGGGCUCGAUGGAACAGAUCACAACAGGAGCAGAUGCUGUUGAGCUGCGGGUAGAUCUCUUGGACGAUCCCAACGGCCGGGCAGGCGUGCCAACGACAGACUUUCUGGUCGAGCAAGCCACACUGCUCCGCCACGCCACUGCGCUGCCUCUAGUAUUCAGCCUGCGGAACGUCAGCCACGACGGCAUGUUCCCCGACAACGCUUCGCAAGAGGCCCUCGUCCUCUACCGGCAAGCCAUCCGCCUGGGCUUCGAGUUCAUCGACGUCGACAUCGCGCACCCAGACGGCCUGCUCGACGAAAUCAGCGCCACCAAGGGCUCAAGCAAAGUCAUCGCGUCGAAGCACGACGGCCGACUCCCCCUACACGCAGACACGUGGGCGCCUUACUACAACCGCGCGCGCCGCUACGGCGACAUCGUGAAGCUCGUCGGCCGCGCCACCAGCACCCUUUCCGACGACCUGUCCUCGUUCAGCACAUUCCGCUCGACCAUCUCCUCCUCCUCUCCCUCCAUCAGGACCCAAACCCCGAACCCGCCCCUCAUCCUCCUCGCGGCCGGCGCGCCCGGCACCCUCAGCCACGUCCUCAACCCCCUCCUCACCCCCAUCACGCACGAGACGCUCGCCCCAGGCCCGGCCGCGGCCGCCACAGCGCCCCCGCUCACCUUCCGCUCGACCCAGACCCUCCUCUCCCUCCUCGGCUACCUGCCGCGCCGCGACUUCGUCCUCCUCGGCUCGCCCAUCGCCCACUCCCGCUCGCCCGCCCUGCACAACGCCCUCUUCUCCCACGCGGGGCUUCCACACGUCUACUCGCGCCGCGAAGCGACCGAGGCUGACGUCGACGCGGAGACGAAGAAGAAGCUCGAUUCCCUGCUCCGCGCCGCGACCUUCGGCGGCGCGUCGGUGACGAUCCCGCUGAAGCGCGCCGCCCUCGCGCUCGUCGACGGCGUCGGGCCCGAGGUGCGCGCCAUCGGCGCGCUCAACACCAUCGUGCGCGAGGACGGCACGGGGCGGCUGAUCGGCCGCAACACGGACUGGGCGGGCAUGGUGUUGGCCUUGCGCAAGUUCGGCGGCGGGCGUGUCGACGACGGGGUGGGGGUUCCAGCUCAUGCUGCGCCGCCGCCGCCGCCGGCCGCCGUCGUCGUCGGCACCGGCGGCACGGCGCGCGCCGCCGUGAGCGCGGCCAAGGCGCGGGCGCUGAAGGAGUCGUUCCCCGAGGACUACGCGUUGGUGGUGCUGGAUGGCGGGGAGGAGGCCGGCGAGGUGCGCCGCCGGCUGGAUGCUUCUUCUUCUGCUGCUGCUGAGCGGCCGCCCAGCGUCGUCGUCUGCACCAUUCCUGCGGAUCGGCCGGCCCAUGCGAACGUCAGGGACGGGCUGCGCGCGGUUUUGGAGAGGGCCGGCGAGGCCAAGGGGACGCUGCUGGAGAUGGCGUACAAGCCGGAUGUCACCGAGAUGAUGCGGUUGGCCGAGAGCUUUGGGUGGAAGACGAUACCUGGUCUUGAAGUUCUGGUAGCUCAGGGUGUCUAUCAGUUGCUAGAGACGCCGUACUCUCUAUCUCCUAACCGCAAUGCCGUACUCGACUAA